AUGGACGAUAUAAAUUUUGCAGCACAUUGCUUGCUGGAAAUGUCUCAUCGAAGAGUUAUGGAUCCUGUUGCUAGAGAUUCGUAUACUCCACCAGGUCCGGCUGUAAUUGUAGAGCAGGUUCCUGUGGUACCUCCGAAUUACAUCAAAGACGAACCCGAAUCCUACAUGGUGGCCCGGAUUCUCACCGAUUUAACCCGCCUCAAACAGGAAAUACCGGAAAAUACAUCCGAUAACGAGGAAGCCCUUACAAUCGAUGAAGGACCCGAUGAUGACAGUGACACCCAUAUUGCACCACCACCAAUCACUAAACCAAGAUCUCGACAUUCCCGAAAGGUUGAAACUCGCGUGGAUGAUGUUCCGGUUCAGAAUCCGCUUCCGUUAAGACCGCCGCUAACAAGAACCCAGAAUUCGGUUCCAGUUAAACCUGCUCCGCCCGUCAAAAAAACUCAUCGGUGUUCUUACGAAGGAUGCACCAAGGUCUACGGAAAGAGCUCGCAUCUAAAAGCUCAUCUCCGAACACAUACAGGUGGGUGGGCGGAUUUGCAUAUUUAA